AUGGCGAUUCAACUCGAGGGCAACUCCCUUCUCUAUACCGUCACCACCCUGACAUGUCUUGGAUUCCUCCUCAUUGGUUUCGACAAUGGUUUAAUGGGAGGCUUCAUCAAUGGUAAAGCCUUUACCGAAACCUUUGGCAUUGACCUCAACACAAACUAUGGCACCAACAUCAUUGCGCUGAUUGUAUCAAUCUAUGAGAUUGGUUGUUUCAUCGGAGCUGUUACGACCAGUUUCAUCGGUGAGAAGCUGGGUAGACGCAGAUCGGUUCUGAUUGGCGUGAUCAUUAUGAUUGUUGGUGCAAUCUUGCAAGCCACUGCCUAUCAAGUCGCUCACAUGAUUGUUGGAAGAAUUGUCAGUGGAAUUGGCAUGGGCUUCAUCAACUCAACAGUACCAGUCAUGCAGGCCGAGUUCUCGCCCAAAGCAACUCGAGGCAGAUAUUCGGACAAUGGACGCAGCAGUAGCUACAUCUGGCGCGUACCCACCAUCCUCCAAUGCGUCUUCCUGAUUCCCAUGAUCUUCAUCAUAUGGGUAAUCCCCGAAACUCCGAGAUGGCUCGCUGCUAGAGACCGCAAUGAAGAGGCUCUCGAGGUUCUGACCCGUUUGAACAAGGGCAAGAUGAGCCAGGAGGAGAUUCAGAGCAUCCACACUGAUAUCGUCCGCACCGUGGCCAUUGAGAAAUCCAUCGGUGCUGGCUCUUGGUCGGACCUUUUGAAGAACGACAGCAUUCAGAGUAGACGCAGAUUCCUUAUUGCGUGCGGCAUUCAGGCGUUCCAACAGCUUGGUGGCAUCAACGCUCUGGUUUACUACUCAGGAACUCUCUUCCACGAAAGUCUAGGCUUUGACGCUAACCUUUCCGGUCUCAUGUCUGGAUUCUUGAACACAUGGUUCUUCUUGGCCUCCUUCAUCCCUUGGUUCCUGAUUGACAGAGUCGGUCGUCGUCCACUUUUGUUGUCCAUGAUCAGCGUGAUGGCAGCCGUGAUGGCCGUCCAGACAGGUCUUGUCUACCAGACUCAAAACAACACAUCCAUUGCCCCAAUGCUGUUCAUCUUCCAAGGUGCCUUCACUAUCGGCUUCCAGGCCACCGUCUGGGUCUACCCAUCCGAGAUCCUUCCUCUCCGUCUGCGUCAAAGAGGUUCUUCCAUUUCUACGGCCUGCAACUGGAUCCUUAACUUUGUCAUCGUCUACAUUACCCCACCUGCCAUCAAGAACAUCCGUUGGAGGACCUACAUCAUCUUUGCUGUGCUCAAUGCAGCCUGGGUACCCAUUAUCGAAGGAUUCGAAGAGGGUUUUGAUGCUGCGAUGAACGAGAAGGCUGUCGAAUAUCGCACCGAUAUGAUCGAGAAGGUCUGA